AUGCCUCGCUUUUUCGAAAUUUCAGAUAAUUUCACAAAAUUUGGAUUUGCAAGUGUUACUGUUGUCAAUCUCUCCCUAAUAUUUCUGACCAUGUUCCAUAUUUAAAAAAUUGUGGGAACAUACAAACUGAUGGUCACAUUAUUCGCGUUUAUGGGAAUAGCAUUCUCAGUAUGGGAAUUGAUUGCUCAUCCAUUUAUCCACAGUUACAACAAGGGAUGGGUAUUUUUUAGUUUGAACUCUUACAUGAGCCAAUAUAAAGGAUUUCUUCAAAUCGUCUUGGCAAUUUAUGCGGCAUUCUAUGUUCUCAUUGCUUCAUUUAUUGCUGUUCAGUUUGUUUUCCGGUAUUAUACACUUUUCAAUACAGACAUAGCAAAUAAAUUUGAUGGAAAAGGUGCAGUCAUUUGGAUGUCUUAUCCGAUCAUUUGUGGCUUAAUCUAUGGGCUUGCAAUUUACUUUUGUGGAUUGCCUGAUGAAUACUCUGAUGAGUACAUGAGCGAAGAAAUUUUGAAAAAAAUAUGAAUUGGCUAUAAAAGAGCUUCCUCGGUUAACAUCGAUAGCAUACGUGAUGCCGAUGGAUCAAUACGAUGGAGAAAUGCAUCAAUAUUGAUCAUAGGUGGUCUUGAUAUGAUACUACAGUACUCCAUCAUAAUUUAUUGUGGAAUUCGAAUGCAUAUUGUCAUGAAAAAGGAGUUUAAUAGUUAUUCAGUGGCUAACAGAAAUUUGCAACGGCAAUUCUUUCGGGCACUAGUUGUUCAAACUAUUGUUCCAACCAUUUUAUUUGCUUGUCCAGCGCUUUCAGUCUUAUUAACCCCACUUUUGGAUAUCAAAAUGAAUUAUGAAACUGGAUGGAUUUAUGCAGCUUUCAGUCUUUAUCCAACCAUUGAUAGCAUUGCUUUCAUGCUUCUUGUAUCAGAAUAUCUUUCAGAUCUUUUCAAACAAAUUUUCCCGGACAAGUCAUCUCGUAAAUCAGAAACUUAUAGCGCAACAACGUGA